ACGAUCACCAUGCCUUCGAAUCAGUCGAAGCAGCAUCCUUAUGCUGUCUAUUCCUCGGGGGAAGACGUCAAGCAACCUGUAGCUUUGACAAAGAUUCCAGCAAAGUUCGUGUCCUAUUCCCACACCGUUUUUGCCUAUUGUGCUUUCUUUAUUGCUCUUGGUGUUGGCUGUGCCACCCAUUAUGAGAAAAUCGUUCGCAACGAGUUUUAUGGAUAUCCUGACGAAUGGUUCCCAAGUGUGAGCGCUACCACUGGAGACCGAUACCCGGCUCGAGCUAUCUUCCAAAUUUUUAUUGCAUUGACUUCAGGACCCCGCUUUGCCCUGGUUUUUCUCUGGUUUUGGCUGACUACACGCUCUACCCUUACCUCUUCGAAAGGUUUUGGAAACUUUUUACUUGGUGUUGGCCUGGUCCGAACCGUUGCCUGUGGUGGAUGGGUAUAUAUCACAUCUUCUGAUGAUCAUUUGACUCACGACAUUGCCAUGGUCCUAUAUUUGUUGUGCACAUUACCCUGGCAAAUUGGCGUACUUUCAACUAGUGACAAGAAAAACCCAGCUGCUGUCAGAUGGAGAAGGUUUUUUACGUUUGCCUUUUUCACCACUCUUCCUCCGAUGAUAUAUUACUUUAUUCAGCACAAAGUGAAGCGUGUGCCAGGUGCUUAUACAACCUACGCGUUCUUUGAGUGGUCUUUGAUUCUCUAUGAUGUUGCCUUUGAUGCUGUCACGGCCCUAGACUUUCAAAACUUUGAAUUAUUUGUGGUUGAUGUUACGCAUGGCUCAAACUUUGCUCCCGCGUCCACUGAAGAAGGAACCUCUACUGUGACUGAACCCAAAGAUGCGGUUUCAUCUUCCCUGUUGCGCGCUCUGGCUGAUAUUAGAGGCUACAUUGCUGAUGUAUAUCUCGCCUUCGUGUUCUGGUCCAUGCUGACAGCUUUAGCACUAUUAAUUUGGUACUUCCCAUUGUUCAAUAUGGGCAUUUCGGGAUAUGAAGCAUUCCUUAUUGUCACUAUUUCACCCAUGUUUUUGGGUAUUGGGUCCCUCCGAAGACUAGUUGCUCGUUACCGUGGUGUUUUCCAUCUUCUUUCUUUAGCUGGCGUCGCAUCGUACAUGCUUCCAGAGCCUCCCGUCCGAUUGGCUACUUCAGCGUUUGGUAUCUCCGUCAGUAUGCUAACUUGGUGCGCUACUUGGCUUGAAAGCAAAGAUAAUGCUGCUGAACUUGAUCGUAAUAUUGUCGUCUGGGGUCUUGGUUUACUGGUUCAUAAUUUGGUCAAACUCACUUGGUGGACUGAAAAUCCCAUCUGGCCCAUCAUGAAGCCUUCGGUUGGAGGACAGAAUCAAAUUGGAUUGGUUCUUGGCAUCAUUGCCUGUGCUGAGAUGCUUGUUCGAGAUAGCUUGAAGACCGUUCAGAUCAAACAAUCCAAGCCCACCAAAUCAGCAGCCACCAAGGAUUCCUGGUUAUUCGCCGCUGUAGGAUUCGGGUCUCUGCUGUUUUCUUUGCAUUCCAUGUUCUCGGACUCAUCUACGAUCAUGCGAUGGGUUGUGGAUGGCUACCCGAACCCAGGACCUGAACCCGUGCCGUGGGGUGUAGCUACCAUUGCCGCGCUUGGACUUGGUAUGGUCAUCUAUCCAAUGCGCAGCUUCGUGGUUGGCUACAUUUGGUAUGCCGUUGGCUGCGGGGCUUGCCUGGCUUUCUACAACCUUCCAGGAUGGAAUGGGUACUAUGGUGGUCUGGUAUUGGGUGCUUAUCUGACAUCUGUUACGCCAGCAUUGAUUCGAUCCGUAGUGUCGCAUCCACCGUUCAAGACUUUGCUAACAGCUACCAUGGUUUACAACCUUCUUUGUCUCGCGCACGUGUGGGUCGUUGCCUAUGAAUUUGUUCCCGGAGGUGUUUAUGCACGUGAACGAACUAAUUGGAUCUUUUCCUGUGUCAUGAUUUUCCUUGGUUUGGGCAUUAUGAACGCGCAAAAGAGCACAGCAUCUCACCAGAGCGUUCGACUUAAUGCCAUCCGCUCCACCAGGCGUUACACCAGGUUUUUCCUCGUGGCCAUCCUAGCCCUCUCCGGACUCGCUAGUUUUUCCAGAACCUCGUUAGCCAAAACGCCUGAGCCGUAUCGGCCAGCUGAUAAAGCGUUUACUGCUGGUAUCUGGACGAUUCAUUUUGCUCUGGAUAAUGAUAUGUGGGCCAGCGAGACCAGGAUGCGGGAUGUGAUCAGAGAUUUGGAACUUGAUGUGGUUGGUCUGUUGGAAAGCGAUACGCAAAGAAUCAUCAUGGGUAAUCGUGACUGGGCUCAAUACAUCGCAGAAGAUUUGGGCUAUUAUGUCGACUUUGGACCCGCCACAAUGAAGCACACCUGGGGCUGUCUCAUGCUUUCCAAGUUCCCUAUUAAAAAAUCCACGCAUCAUCUACUGCCUUCACCAGUGGGUGAAUUGGCUUGCGCAAUUCAUGCAACGCUAGAUGUUUACGGGCAAGAUGUCGAUUUCAUCGUAAGCCACAAUGGCCAAGAAGAAAAUCUGUUAGAUCGUCGUCUGCAGACUACCGAAUUAGCCCGCAUUAUGCGCGAGAGCACGAACCCCUUCGUGUUCCUUGGUUACGUCGUUACAAAGCCUCAUGAGGAAAUUUAUCAAAUCCUGUAUCAAGAUGGUCAUAUUAAUGAUAUCGAUAUUACGGAUCAUGAUCGAUGGUGUCAGUACAUUGGAUAUCGUCAGCUUGCAAGAAUUGGCUACGCUCGUGUCAGUCAUGGUGGCAUCACCGACACUGAAAUCCAGACUGGAAAGUUCCAAAUUGUGGAUGACCCAGCGUCACGCCAAGAAGCUGGAUACAAUCGUCGUCACGAAAGCUCAGUACCACAACAGCUGCGCUAUCCUGAUCAUUUCCGUGGUGCCGGUAUACGGCAUCACCACUACCAUGUGCUAGAUAAUGAACCCAGAUACUUUGAGCAGUGAUGAAAAGAGAAAAAGUGCCAGUUAGUCCACGCGACCCCGUCGUCUGAAGGAUAAAAAUUUUAAGGCAAAGCAAUAAAAAAUCAUGAAAAUAGCACCAAUCCACUUUUUGCUUGUGGCUCCAGACCCAAGGAACCAUUCAAUCAUUGAUGUCAAACGCAAAGAUACUGGAGCAUUGGUCUACCGUA